AGAGAGAGAGAGAGAGGGAGAGAGAGAGCUGGUUGGAGUGAGAAGUUAAAUCACGGAAAAGAUAUGUGUUGCUGCUUAAUCCAGCCCAGGACUGAAGAGGAGGAUCACUGAGAGAGAAGGAGCACACACACACUCACUCGUCUUUUGUUCCCUGACAUAACGAUAUGGAGUCUGCAAUUAAGACGUUGGUGACCACUUUCAUCAGUGCUUCCAAGGGUAAGGAAAACAUGGACACCAAAUCCUUCCAGAAGAUGGUGAGUUCACAGCUCUCCAACACCAUGCAGGACACAGACAGCAGCUCUGCCAUUAAGGAGAUGCAGCGGGGCCUGGACGCAAACAACGACGGGAAGGUCAGCUUCCAGGAAUACCUCACGCUGAUUGGCUACCUGGCCAACAGCAUCAGUCAGAAUAAGACAGGAUCCCCCUCGGAGGCAUCGUAGACGCUUGUGAAGCCGCUGCGUUUGAUGGAUUUGCAAAUGAUCCGCCUUUGCUCUCUCUUUUCUGCACCUUUUAAGUAUCUUUUCUCCAUUUGAAUGUUCCAGCAACCAUCCAGUGUACCUGUUCACCGUCCAUUAUCAUCUCGACCCACCUAAAUCUAGCAGUUGUGUAACGCUCUGACCUUGAAUGUCUGCCCAAGUCUAUCUCUUCAGUCACAUCAUGGUCUCCUGUGUCAAGGACACAUUGAAGGACUCUGAGCUGGGCGUGUAUUUGUCAUGCCAUUUACACAAAGGAUACCGACCAUUUUUCCAAAAAUAAAAGCUUUAUAUUAAAACCA